AUGCCGCGGAACGUACAUAGCCAAGAUGAUAUUGUAUAUGUUAUGCAACCAACUCGCAAUAUCAUGCUUGCAAUCGGUGCUUGGCCAUCUAUCAGUGGAAAGCGAUCUAUAUUCUGGAAAAUUUACGAUCUCUUUCUAAUCUUUAGCUCCUACGUUCUUCUUGCUUGUGACAGUAUACCCGGCACCAUUUAUUGGCUUCUGGAGGAAUCAUCGCGUGUGCGACUUCAGAUAACCCCUCUUCUUCUCUACGUCUUCAUGACCGUCAUUCAAUAUGGUAUUUUCUUGUCUCGUAAUGAUCAUAUCAGACAAUGCUUGAAACACAUCGAGGAGGAUUGGGAGAACGUCUUCAGUGUGAAAGAACGAAACACUAUGAUCAAAAGUGCGAAGACAGGAAGGCUAUUAGUCACAAUCUGUGGAGUCUUUAUGUACACUGGCGCACUUAUGUUUCGAAUAAUUUUGCCACUAUCUCAGGGAGAGAUCGUCAUCGGUGAGAAUAUCACC